GGGAGAUUAACAGGGCACCGAGGGAUGUUCGCCGAGCGGCGCUCUCAUCCGAGGGAUUGAGGAGGAAGCCGGUCGGGCAUCGAUGUCUCCGGUGGACCCGAGGAGGAGGGAGAGAGCCGGAGGCAUUAGCAAACAUUCAAGGAUCUCACUUCCAGAAAAAUGACCUCCGAACCAUGUCCGGGCCCCCUGCUGGUCCUGCUCCUGGUCCUGGUCCCCCCCGGCGCCGAGGAGGCUUGUCCCUCCGUCUGCCUCUGUGUAUCGGACACGGUGAGCUGCAGUUCCAGCGGUCUGACCAAGAUGCCUCUCGCCCUGCCCUCCUUCUCCACCACCCUCGACCUCAGCCACAACUAUUUCACCUGGCUUUAUCCGGGCAGUUUCCAGGAGAUGCCCAGACUGGAAAACCUCCGGAUGGCUCACAACCAGCUGGCCUCGCUGGGCCAAGGGGUGUUUCGCAACGCCUCGGGCCUCCGCCACCUCGACCUGUCCUCCAACCGGCUGCAGCUGGUGGAGCAGCACUACUUCCAGGGGCUGUGGCGGCUGGAGGAGCUGCUGCUCUUCAACAAUAAGAUCGUGCAGGUGGAGGCCGGCACGCUGAGCGGCCUGAGCAGCCUGAAGAAGGCCUACUUCAGCAUCAACGAGAUCAGCAGAUUCCCGUUUUCCUCCAUCCGGGACCACAGCCACCCGUUCCUGGCCAUGCUGGACCUCUCGUCCAACCGCAUGAGCCGCCUGCCGUGGGAGGACGUGAAGGCUCUGCCCGGGCUGGUGCAGCGGGGCCUCUACCUCCACAACAACUCCCUGAUCUGCGACUGCUCCAUGUACAGCGUCUUCUGGCACUGGAACCUGAGGGGCUUCAGCUCGGUGAGGGACUUCGCCGACGAGCACACCUGCACCAUCGAAGGGAGCCCGAGGGCCGCCCUUCGGUUCCUGCGGCGCACCCGCUUCUUCCGGAACUGCACGGUGGAGAAAGCCGUCUCGCUGCCGGUGACCGUGUAUCUCUCGCAUGUGGUGGUGACGGACGGCGCGAGGGUGCGCCUGGACUGCAAGAUGUCCCUGAGGAGCCAGGCGCUCUCCUUCAGGUGGCUCUCGCCCAGCAUGGGGACCAUCACCAAGACCGCCAUCGACGACAGCCUCGUCGAGCUGUUCCCCAACGGCACCUUGGACAUCCGAGCGGCCAGGGUCAACGACUCGGGCAUGUACGUGUGCACGGCGCUGGACGCCAAACGGGCGCUGAACGCCACCCGGGAGGUGAACGUGACGGUGCUGCUGCCCGGGCCCGAGUCCUUCAACACGGGCUACACCACUCUGACGGGCUGCUCCAUCACCUUGGUCGGCGUUCUGGCGUACCUCUUCAUGACCCCGUGCCGCUGCGGCUGCCACUGCUGCAGACAUCCCGGGUCUCCUGCCGUCAGCAUCGCGACCUACGACCCCGACGCCCUGACCCUCGCAUCCGUUUUGACCCACCCCGUGAGAGAGCAGCACAGGAUGCAGGCCAACAAACGCGUGGCGUUCAUGGACGACGGGAUGACAGACUGGGACCUUGAGAGCUGAUGGGCAUUUGGAGGGGGGAGGAGGGAGGGAUGCGGGUGAGGUCUUUUCCUCCAUCUUAUUUUUAUUUAUUUUUUAGGUGAAUGGCAAAGCAGAGAACAUCAUGUCUCUUUUCUGACAGCCAGCGGCAGUUGUAAAGAAGAAAAAAAAACAGCACUAUCUCCCGCUCUGCUCUUCUCCGGGCCGGUAGCCGAAAUGAAAGUUUCAACUUUGCUUUAUUACCCUCAGUACAUUGACAUUGCUAAAUCACAGCAGAGCUAC